AUGCUGCUUUGGGGUUGUCAGCCAUCGCGUCCAGUCCCAGGGGGCUCGGUUCGGGCCGAGGAUCUCAGCCCUGAGCUCGGUAAAGCGUGCGCACGUCAGCAGGAUAUGCUGCGUGUGUAUCUCGCCUUGCUCACCGUGAUGGCAGUCAGGGGUUCCAAUCAGGGGCUCCGCGUUCGAGCGCCUGAACUACCGCCUCUUCACGUCAAGCAGUGA